AUGUCCGAAACCGCACCAGCAGAAACUGCGGGAGAAACAUACUUGAAGAGCGCGAACUUAGGACACUUAGACUCUAAGUUACGUUUCUAUAACAGCUUCGGUAGAGGGUCAAAGUAUUGUAGUUAUGGACAGCACAUGGGAAAAGCAAAAGGGAAAUUGAACGCAUGCGCUGAAAUUAAUGAUGAAGUCGAAAAAAUUGCGGACAUAUUGUGCUACGUGACUACAGUAAACGGGGAAGAUUCGUUACGUGAUGAUCGUUGUGGUUUCCUCUAUUAUUGGCUUGGGAGUAAAAUAUGGGCAAAAGUGAAUAAUAAUAGUAGUAAAUUUUUAGAUGUUAUGGGAAAAAUAUAUGCUGCAUUGGAGCAAUUUGGUGUUAAGGACAAUUGCACACUUCUAUACAAAGACACUCCUAACAUUGACCAACAGCUCUUCGAGAAAUGGAAAAUCAUAUUCGACUUCUCCUAUGACUUUAAUGGUAUAAAGGCGAAACUAGAACGUUCUAAGAACUCCUGUGAUGAAGGUUAUUACAAACACUUAGAAGGGGCUAAGGAAGCAUUUGUUGCUAUAAAUAGGGGGUGUAAGAGCAAAGGGGACGAUGAUCCAUAUUGCAAGGAAUUCAUAUUCAAGUAUGGGAAGGACAGUGAUAUAAACCCACUAACAUUAACAAAUAGCGGAACAUAUGAGUCAACAUAUACACCACCACAGGGAACUGAACAGAAGGUUAAUGUUUAUAAGGGAGUUGAACUAAAACUGACUUAUGCACCAGAAUAUGCAGCUGCUCUUAGUUCUAAGAAGCAGCAAGCAAGUAGAGAACAAACACAGGACAGUGAAGAUGACCUAGGCAGUGAAACACAUCACCAGCAACAUGGUGCUCCGAAAUCUGCUCCUGCAACUGUCGUCCAGGUCAGUACAACAACAACGAAUAUCAACAACAAUACUAGGAAAUUUAAUCCUGCUCCCCUUCUUCUUUCUUAUUUAGAGUGA